AUGGCGUUACCGACGAAGCAAUCCGCGGCACCGAACAACCCUUCCCUCCUCCUCCCGUCUGAACUCGUGGACAAAUGCGUCAACGAGAAAGUCUGGAUAAUCAUGAAAAACGGACACAAAGAAUUCACCGGGACUUUGAAAGGAUUCGACGUGUACGUGAAUUGCGUUCUGGAAGACGCGAUCGAGUACGAUCGAGACCAAGAGAGCGGGAAAGAAACGACGAAGAAUUUGGAGAGCAUUUUGCUGAACGGGAAUAACAUAUGCAUGAUCGUGCCCGGAGGGGAGAGGAGUUGA